AUGGCCGAAACAAUCACUACAAUCUCACCUAUCACCAACAAGGGUAUCAUCGAGCGCAAAGGGCUCAGCGACUCGGAGCUCAGCAACUUGGCGAGCAGAUCGGCUGAAGCCUUCAAGUCCUACAAGAAGACAUCGUUGGACGAACGCAAGAACUAUGUCAAGAAGGCUCUCGAAAUCAUCACUUCCAAGCAAGAUGAGCUGGCCAAGGAGAUCACCGAGCAAAUGGGACGCCCAAUCGCAUACACUGCUGUCGAGGUGAAGACGGCCGUCGCUCGUGGCGAGUACCUGCUCAAGAUUGCAGAAGACGCCCUCUCAGACACCCCUGGCGAGCCACAGGAAGGCUUCAAGCGCUUCGUUCGCAAGGUGCCUCUUGGUCCCGUUCUUGUGCUCUUCCCAUGGAACGUGAGUCUCGGCUGUAUCUCGUCCGAUCUGGCCAAUGUCAUGCUAACCGCUCAUCCAAUUCCAGNNUACCCAUACCUAACUCUUGUCAACUCAAUCGUUCCCGCUCUUCUCUCAGGCAACACUGUCAUCAUCAAGCCUUCGCCGCAAACACCAACCAUUGCCGAACAAGUCGUUUCUGCAUUCAACCAAGCCGGCCUUUCCAAGGACGUCAUCCAGUACUUCCACUGCGGUGACUUCCAGAAGAUUGAGAAGCUCGUCAAGAACCCAGAUAUCCAGCUUGUCUGUUUCACCGGCUCCGUUGCUGGUGGUCUUGCCGUUCAGAAGGCCGCAAGCGACAGAGUGGACUCGAGAGUUGGUCUCGAGCUGGGUGGAAAGGAUCCAGCAUACAUCAGACCCGAUGUCGAUCUGGCAUGGGCCGCCGAAGAGAUUGUUGACGGUGCCGUUUUCAACUCUGGACAAAGCUGUUGCAGUAUCGAGCGCGUCUAUGUCAAUGAGAAGGUUCACGACGACUUUGUCAAGGAGGUACAAAAGGUCUUGGCCAACUACAAGCUGGGCGAUCCGUUUGACAAGUCCACACACGUCGGCCCUGUCGUUUCCAAGCGCUCUGCCGAGACCAUCCGCGCUCACGUCAAGGAUGCUAUCUCCAAGGGUGCUCAGGAUAUGACCNCUGAGAACUCGUCUUUCGAGUCACCGCCAGCUGACGGAAACUACGUGGCUCCUGUUCUCCUUACCAAUGUCUCUCACAAGAUGGAUGUCAUGACCGAGGAGACUUUCGGCCCUGUUAUUCCUGUCAUGAAGGUCAAGGAUGAUGCCGAAGCCAUUAAAUGGAUGAAUGACAGCCAAUUUGGCUUGACUGCCAGCAUCUGGACAAAGGAGACCGAAAAGGGUUACGAGCUUGCCGACGAUGUUGAAGCUGGAACCGUCUUCGUCAAUAGAUGCGACUAUCCUGCUCCCGACCUUGCAUGGGUCGGAUGGAAAGACUCUGGCAAGGGACAGACCCUGUCAAAAUUCGGUUUUGAUCAAUUUUCCAGGCUUAAGAGCUACCACAUCAAGAACUACCCGAAAUAA